CUUCCCUUUUCUGCCCCAAAAAGGCAAAAACGCCCGAAAAAGAGGGGAGCUGCCACGGGGACGGCACGGGGGGCCCAGGCUCCGGCGGGCGCGGGGCAGGAUGCGUCCCCCCAACCCGCUGCUGCUGCUGCUGCUGCUGUCGGCGGCGCCGGGGGGCUCAGCCUACGGCUUCCGCAACUGCAUCCAGUCGCCCUCGGACCCCGGGCUGUUCCGCUGCGUCCAGCGCUUCUUGGAAUCGGCGGCCGGCGCGGUGGACGACCUGCCGCCGGCCGCCACCGCCCUCAACCUGUCCCACAACAUCCUCCGCCGCCUGCCCCCCGCCGCCUUCGCCCGCCUGCCCCUCCUGCGCACCCUCGACCUGUCCCACAACCGCCUCGCCGACGUCGCUCCGGGGGCUUUCGCCGGGUUGGGGGCUCUGGCCGCCCUCGACCUGUCCCACAACCGCCUGGUCGGUAUCGCCGAGGGCGCCUUCGCCGGGUUGGCCAACCUCUCCUCGUUGCGGCUUGACCGCAACCCGCUGGCCAGCGUGGCCACCGGUGCCCUGCUGCCGCUCGCCAACCUGCUGCGGCUAUCCCUGCGCGCCGGCCGCCUGCCCGCCCUGGGCCCGGUGGCGUCGGCCGUGCGGAACCUGCCGCGGUUGCGGCUGCUGGACCUGUGCGGUAACAACCUGUCGGCGUUGGGGCCGGGACCGCCGUUGCCCCCGUCGCUGCUCGCCCUGCGCCUCUGCAAUAAUUCGCUGGCGGAGCUGACCGGCGGGACCCCCGGGUUGCUGCCGCCGGCGUUGCGGGCGCUCGAUCUCUCCUACAACAACAUCUCGGACGCGGCACCCUUCGCCCGGCUCUGCCUGCGUAACCUCAGCCGGCUGCGGCUGGCCGGCAACCCCUUGGAGGUCUUGCGGCUGCUGGAGGUGUCGGACGUGCGGCCGCACAGCCUGGAUUUCUCGGGGCUGCGGCUGGAACCCGACAAGGUGGGCGAAGUUUGCCGGCGUUUGGCGGGUCCCCGGUUGCGGCUCCUGCGGCUACGGCGUAACGGCAUCGGGACGCUGCCGGCCGGCGCGCUGGCCGCCUGCCCGCCCAUCGGCACGUUGGAUCUUUCCGGAAACCGUUUACGGCGGCUGGGUUGCAUCGGGGGGCUGCUGGGACCGGCGCAGCAGCGGGAGCUGGCGGGGUUGGUGGCGGAGCACAACCUGUUGCGUCGGUUGCCCUCGUGCCAGGACGCGCCAACCCUGCGCCGCCUGCACAACGUUUCGCUCCGCUUCAACCGUAUCCUGGUGGUGGGACCGCGGGCCUUCGCCGACGCUCCCCGCCUGCGGCUGCUGCGCCUCGACGUCAACGGGUUGGCGCGGCUGGACCGGGAAGCGCUGCGGGGGCUGCGGGAGCUGCGGGAGCUGCGGUUGGACAACAACCUCCUCACCGACCUCUACCCCGGCUCCUUCGCCGACCUGGGCCGGCUGCGCACCCUCAACCUGCGCAACAACCGCGUCGCCGUCCUCUUCCCCGGCGCCUUCGCCGGGCUGGCGCGGCUGCAGACGUUGGACCUGGGGGGCAACAACCUGCGGCACCUGGCGGCCGCGGCGCUGCAGGGGCUGGGGGAGCUGCGCCGCCUCUACCUGGACCGCAACCGGUUGCAGGAGGUGAGCGCCGAGGCUUUCCGCCCGGUGCAGGCGUCCCUGGGCGUGCUGGACCUGCGCGCCAACGCGUUGCGGUACAUCAGCCAACGUCCGCGUCAGCGCCCGCCUUUCCGGCACCUCCGACGGCUCUACGACCUGAAGCUGCAGGCGCAGCAGCCCUACGGCUUGCGGAUCAUCCCCCACCGUUUCUUCCAGGGCCUGACCUCCCUCCGCUCCCUCUUCCUGGCCCAGAACUGGCUGCUGGCCGUCCCCGCCGACGCUUUCGACGAUCUGGCCCAGCUGCAGUACCUGACGCUGGCCGACAGCAGCGGCGGCAUGGGCGACCUUCCCGCCGGCGUCUUCAAGAACCUGAGCCGCCUACGCAGCCUGGACCUGGAGAACGCGGGGUUGCGCAGCCUGGGACCCGAGGUCUUCGGUAACCUCAGUCGUCUGGAGCGGUUGCAGCUUGCCAAGAACGAGCUGCGCACCCUCGACCGCAGCCUGGACGGUCGGCUGCCGGCCCUGCGCUACCUGGACCUGCGCAAGUGCCCGCUGAGCUGCGCCUGCGGCAACGCCUGGCUGCCGGGUUGGCUGGACCGCAGCGCCGUGCAGGUCGUCUACCUCUACAACUACAGCUGCGGCGGAGGAGGCGGCGGGGGUCCGCCCGCUUACCUGCACAGCUUCGACACCCGCGUCUGCUUUCUGGACGUGGGGCUUUACCUUUUCGCCGGCACGGCCCCGGCGGUGCUGCUGCUGCUGGCGUUGCCGCUGCUGUAUCACCGCGCUUACUGGCGCCUGCGUUACCACUUCUACCUGCUGCGCGCCUGGGCCAACGGGCGCUGGCGGCGGGAGGAACGUCGCUACGCCUACGACAGCUUCGUCUCUUACAAUUCGGCCGACGAAGGGUGGGUGCUGGGGGAACUGGUCCCCGAAUUGGAACGGGGGUCCCUGCGCCUCUGUUUGCAUCACCGCGAUUUCAGCCCGGGCAGAGCCAUCAUCGACAACAUCGUCGACAGCAUUUACAACAGCCGUAAGACCAUCUGCGUGGUCAGCCGCAGCUACCUGCGCAGCGAGUGGUGUUCCCUGGAGAUCCAGCUGGCCAGUUACCGCCUUUUCGACGAGCUCCGGGACGUCCUGGUCCUCGUUUUCCUGGAAGCCAUCCCCGACGCCGAGCUCUCCGCGUACCACCGCAUGCGUCGCGUGCUGCUCAAGCGGACUUAUCUGCGCUGGCCCCCCGAGCCCCAGGCGCGACGGCUCUUCUGGGCCAAGCUGAAGCGCGCUCUGCGGAGCGGCUACGCCGAGGGCGAAGAGGAGGAGGAGGAGGAGGAGGAGGAGGAGGAAGAGGAGGAGGAAGGCUGCGGGGAGGAUGACCCGCUGCCCUAGGAGCCCCAGGACAGAGGGGACUGUCACCCGGCACCGCCCUUGCACCGAGGACACCCACUGAAGCCACAGAGCCCCCGCCGACGUGCAGCACAGACGGGACCGCCCCACGGCCGAGGGCAGGUGAGGAGCUGCGGCGGGAGGGAGGUGGCCACACGCGGGGCGAGGGCAGAGGACGGGGAGAUGCUGACCCCCCCCCCCCAAAGGACAGCCCACACCUCGG